AGUGGCUCUCCCAGUUUCCUGAGGCGAUGGAGGGAGAGAGCACUGAGCAACUCCUGGCUGUUUUCAGCUGCUUCUAGCCCAGCAGAAAGGGCUGAGGCGAGAGAGAUGGAGACGGAGGCGCACAAAUACGACGACGGCGCAGAGGAGAAGGUGGCCUGGUUCGCCCGCUGUAUGUGACUACAGUCAGCUUUGCACCAGCCCUUGGGCUCCUGCAAGACUUCCCAAGUCUUUGUGGGCUUGUCGGGAGAACUUCAGAAGCUCCCCAGCCCCCUUCGGGGAGAGGACCAAGACUUACUGUUUCAUCAUCAGGCUGCGACCAACCCCACCGGGAGGGGCGGCUGGCUUUCUGCGUUGUCCAGAAGAACUGGCAGACUUGAGGCGGGCUAGGUUGCCAGCCUAGAGCAGCCGUUUGUCGCCCCAUUCUUAUUUUGGCUUUUGUGGAACCUGGCACCCUCCAAACAUGCUUUUCCUGGUGCUUCUGACCAUGCCAUUGGUGACGGGCCCCAGUGGCACAGCCAUGGCACUCUCUACCUGCCAGACCUUGGACUUGGAGGUAGCCCGGGCACGGAGGGUCCAGGCCGUGCGAGGCCAAAUCCUCAGCAAGCUGCAGCUGGCAACACCUCCCGAGGAAGAGGAAGGGGUGCCCGAACAACCGCCCCCCGAGGUGAUGUUGCUGUACAACAGCACGCGGGAGCUGACGCGGGAGCGGGCGGCCUGCGGCGGACGGAGCGCCAGCAGCAGCAGCGAGGAAGAGGAGUACUAUGCCAAGGAAGUGCGGCGGGUGGACAUGCUGCCCGCCGGGCACGCUGACAACUCCAUCGCUAGCACCCAAGCCAGCCCCUUCUUUCGCCUUCUGCGUUUCGACGUCUCGGGCGCCGAGCGCAACCUCAGCAGCCUCGUUCAGGCUGAGCUGCGCAUCUACAGGGUCCCAAACCCCCGAGCCCGUGUGGUGGAGCAACGCGUGGAGUUGUAUCAGGUGAUACGGGCAAGAGAGCCUUCAGGACCAACCCAGCGUUACGUGGAAAGUCGAACAUUUCACCCGACUGAUAGGGCUGAGUGGGUGUCCUUUGAUGUCACAGACACCAUCAGCCAGUGGCUGGAUAAAAGAGAGAGAAACAUGGGCUUCAAGCUGGGAGUUCAUUGCCCCUGCUGCACUUACGUCCCUGCUGGUAACACGAUUAACCCCAACCACAGUGAGGAGCUGGAGGCUCGGUUUGCAGGCCUGGAUGACGAUCUUAUCAAGGAAGCCUGGAAAGGGCGUGCAAGGCCCCCAGAUCUCAGUGGCAAAGCUCCGCACCUGAUCCUCACUCUGCUACCCCCCCACCGGUUGGAGUCCCCACCCAAGGGACGGCGUCGGAGGUCAGCCAACACUCCCAGCUGUGCCAGGAGUACAGACCAGGGCUGUUGCCUGCGCACCCUGUACAUUGAUUUCCGCAAGGAUCUGAAGUGGAAGUGGAUCCACCAGCCCAAAGGCUACAAGGCAAAUUUCUGCGCAGGGAGCUGCCGUUACGUAUGGAGCAUGGACACGCAGUACAACAUGGUGCUCCCCUUGUACAACAAGCUGAACCCCGAGGCCUCGGCUGCCCCAUGCUGCGUCCCCCAUGAACUGGAACCCUUGACUAUCCUCUACUACGUUGGCCGCUUGCCCAAAGUUCAGCAACUCAGCAACAUGGUUGUGAAAUCCUGCCGCUGUCGCUGAGUGUGUGUGUGUGAGGGGGGCAGGAGCCGGUUUCAUGGAUGGUGGGAACUGGGCUAACUGGAGUAAAGGGACAUCCCUUCUCAUCCCUAUCAGUCUGUCUGUCCCAAGGCUACUGGGAAAAGGAUUCUCAACCUGACAUUAUUCCAUCCCCCCCCCAUCCCGCCAGUACAAGGCUCCAGCAUUUUUCUUAAACCCCAGCUCCCAGGGAAGAGUCACCUUCUCCUUCUGUGGCUCCACUCAUCAGCAAAAGACUCUUCCCUCUUUCCCAGUUCAGUUCACACACCAGUUUGGUUCGCAGACAAGUGCCUUGCCCUUGCUUUUCUCCCAGAUACUUUGAAAGGGAGUGGUGUCGUCUCUCUCCCAUGGUGUCCUUGAGCUAAUUCCUAUCCAUGCAAACUCAGCACUUAAUUUUUUCAAAAGAAAAAUAUGUGAUUGAAGCUGGUCCGUAUGUCUAGCUUCCUAGACCCUGAGAGUGGUUACUUGGUGGUAUAAGAUUGGCUCUCGGUGCAUGCUCAGAGGCACUCUCCCCUUUAGGAUUCUUUGACAUAUUCCAAGUGUGCAGGCCUCGUGUAAACUUUUGGAUGAUCGACUUGGCUCAGGUCAAGCCUGAGAUCCAUCUAACCUGGGAUCUACCAAAGCUAGUCUUCAGUUUUCUUGGGAGGAAAUCCCCCAAGUACUUGGAUGCUAGCCACACACACACACACACACACACACACACACACUCAAAACCAAGCGCCUGCUGAAGGCUUGGCUCAGUGGUAAUGAGUGCAAACACAGGGCAGAGAGGCAUGCAGAGAGGCAGGUUGACAGACAAAGGACCUCUUGAUCAGGAAAGAGGAAUAUAGAGUGGUAGGAUAAACAAGGCUGUGUGCUUAAGUGUUGUAUGAAGGUGGGGAAGGAGGGAGAGAUAGGAAGGGAGGCAGACAGAGCGGGCUGGUGGGGGUGCUCAGCUCGGCUGCAGGUAAAUAUUUGAGAGCAGAGCUUCGUGGUUUCGGAGCUGUGUGUAAACACAACACAGAUGGAAACGCAGAGCCCUCCUAGCAUCUCCCUGCCCUAAUGCUGAAAGUACUUCUUCACACCAUGACAGCGCAUAGUUUAAAACUAUGGCAUUUGCUCCCAGAAGAAGUAGUGAUGGCCACCAACUUGGAUAGCGUUAAAUUCAGAGAGGGUAAUAAGACUAUCAGUGGAUACCGACCACGAUGGCUAUGUUCUCCUUCUACGUUUGGGAGUUGGAUGCCUCUGAAUCCCCAUUGCCAGGAACCUGAAGUGGGGAGAGCUGCCAUCUUGCUUGUGGGCUUCCCAUCAGCACACCUGCACUAGAUCUGCCUUAAAUUGAUCCAGCAGAACUGCACAAGACCACAAGUGGUUGACCUGAACUGAGAAGGUGGCAUGCUCAGCGAUCCCAACGUUUCUCCCAACCUCGGUUUUUGCAAAAACCCAGCCUAAGGAGCAUUAUAGAAACAGGGAAGGAGUUUUUGGAAAUGGAGUUUUUCUUGCCCUAAAUAACUUUUCUGCCCCCAUUAUCUGCCCACACCCUCAGUGGUCAGUUAGCUUUCCAUAGCUACUAAGCACACUUAGUCCUUGCUGAGCUGUUUGGGAGAGUGUUCCCUGCCCCCACACUUUCAGGUUUUCUGGCCCUUUAGAUUGUUUGUACUCUGACAAAUUUUGGAGUCCCCUAAGCCUGCUGCUCCUGCUC